AAGGCAAUGAUUUAGAUAUUCAUAUUUUUCAGAACGAAGUCGCUCUCUGUCGCCACUACUUGAGAACUCAGCAGCCAAACUUAAACUUAAACUAUGCCGCUUUCCACCGCACUCCAAGACCUCGUGGUUUCCAACGCGGACGGGCGAAAGUGGGUGAAAGACAAGCUAGCGCCAGUGACACCUCUCGACGAAGACAUUGGCAUAUGAACUGUAAAAAUGUCUGGGUCUGGAAGAUUUCUUCAACAAGGUUUGUCAUGCAUAUUUCGCAUGGGCUAUGAUGCCUGUAAUGUAUGACCUUGCAUGACAGAUUUUUUGCGGGUAUCUUGAUGCCUAUCCGGCAUGACAAAUGCCCUCUCCGCGGAGCAAAAACUGCACGCCUCUUGCUGCUCAUGCAAUACAGAUUUUUUUAGAUUCCAAAAAUAGCAUCACAAGUUGCAUUCUUCCAGACCCAGACAUUUUUGCAAUCCAUAUGGCAGAUACGUGGACAAUGUGCAGGCGAUCACUUUAUGCAUUGCAAAAGUAUUUCGUACUAGCGUAAAUCGCAUCACAAAUUUUUCCGAGAGAGAAAGUGUAAUUAUUAAUUUGUAAUGCUGAUUUCCCUUACCUGAUGGAUUUGUCAUGCGACACGGCGAUAAUUAGAAGUACGAGCGCGAUACUUUUGCACUGCAUACACCUCGAACGAUGACAACGGCCUAGUGGACGAUCUGGAUGAUGCAGCCGAUUUCACCACAAAUCUGCUCUCCAACAUCCUGAAUCGUAUGAAAAGUGGAAAUACAAAAAAUCAUCUUGGAUCAAGUUGUGGGGCCGCGAAGUUGAAGUAGGUGGGUGAACUUCAAGUGGAUACUGGUUGCAGAAUGUGAAUGUUGUAGUUUGAUGUGGCGCUACACCUACCUAAUAGAAGUUGAAGUUCUACAAGAAACACCUACGACGCUGCGUCAUUCAUCUUAUGUGAUGUGCCUGCACCCACUACACUCGCGUAGUGUAGCCUUGCCUGCUUCGGUUGUAAUGCCUGUUUUUCUUGAUUCAACUACAAAAUUUUCUUCCUCAUAUCCACCUUCGGUAUUUUCGGAAAAAGUACCAAAACGGGCCAUUACAAGUACUUUCGGGUCUUCAAGAUUCCGAGCAACGGCUAUCCACAGUGCUUGAGGUUGAGUUUCCCGUACGCCUUCGCAGAAAGAAGUGCUGUUUCUGCGUAAUGACGAUCCUAUUCAUCAGCAUGGCAAUUGGUGGUACACAACCCGCCUAAGUUGGCGAAGUUUGUCAUGCAUUUUUGUAUACGUCGACGUCGCCCUCGAUGCGUACGGGAAAUUUGUAUUGCAUACCAGCAAGCCGUUGCGAAUGGCGGGCCGGAAUAACGACGAAUUUCUCGGGAGGUGCCAGUACUGGUUUGGCCGGGACAGCGUAGAGCCAGCAGCUCCUGUGAAGGGAGGCGGCGCCGAUGCCAAUGCGCCUACUGCGGGAGGAAACGCGGUGAAAGAAGAUGGUGGAAACGCGGAGGAUUUGGAAGCUUGUCAGCUCUUUCAUUUGCGACUCGGUGAGCCGCACAUCGCACCGACAAACCUGGUGCGAAACUACUUCAGCGGGUUUUUUCUAUGAUGUUGAUGAGAAAAUUGAAAAAGAUAAAGAUGCUGAGCAGAUAGUGAUAGUGAGCUGCAGGCAAACAACCGAGCGUCAGAAUCUCUUUUAGUUUCAGCAAUAAGCUGCUCCACGUCGUGGUCGUGAGAAAACCUACGAGGUAGGACGAGUCGCUACUGUUGAAAAUGGCUUGUUGACACCUACUUCAUCACAGGCGCCUGCUGAACAAGUAUGCU